CCGAUCCGAUCACGAAACCAUUCGCCGCCGGCCAAAUGCUGUCGCCGGAGCUCCAGUCCCGGGCUUUCCGCCCUUAUAUUUCCUCCUCCUCCAGCGCCCCCUCAUUCCCCACCACCUCCUAUAACGGAGAGCAAAACCCUAACCCUAGUCCUCCGACGUCCUUAUAUUACGGCGUAGCAGGCGGAAGAAGCGGCCGCCGCUCCAGUUCCUCUAUGAACAACUCUCGCCUCUCCCCUUCCUCGUUUCUCCACAAUGCUAGAAUCGCCCUUGCACUCGUCCCGUCCGCAGCCUUCCUCCUCGACCUCGGCGGUGCUCCGGUCGUCGCCACCAUUGUUGUUGGACUCAUGAUUGCUUAUAUCCUCGAUUCUCUUAAUUUCAAAUCCGGUUCCUUCUUCGCCGUCUGGUUUACUCUCAUCGGCGCGCAGAUUGCCUUCUUCUUCAGCUCCUCGCUCUACUACACCUUCAAUUAUGUUUCCCUUGCUAUUCUCUCCGCCUUAACUUGUGCAUUGGCGAAUUUUCUAAUCGGAGUUUGGGCAUCGUUGCAGUUCAAGUGGAUACAGAUCGAGCACCCCACUAUUGUGCUCGCUCUCGAACGCCUCUUGUUCGCAUGCGUUCCGCUAAUAGCUUCCACGCUUUUUACUUGGGCAACAGUUUCUGCGGUGGGUAUGUGGAAUGCUGCUUACUAUCUCAUGCUUUUUAAUUGCAUAUUCUACUGGCUGUACUCAGUCCCCCGUGUAUCCUCGUUCAAACUGAAGCAAGAAGUGAAUUUCCAUGGAGGUGAGGUCCCCGAAGAUAGUUUCAUUCUUGGGCAGCUUGAAUGCUGUGUGCAUACGCUGACUCUUUUGUUCAUUCCCGUGUCGUUCCACAUUGCCUCUCACUAUUUGGUUAUGUUCUCAUCAAGUGCUGCCAUCUCCGAUUUGUUUCUGCUUUUCUUCAUCCCCUUUCUGCUUCAGCUGUAUGCAUCUACAAGAGGGGCAUUGUGGUGGGUUACUAAGAACGAGUACCAGUUGCAGAGCAUUCGAUUCGUCAAUGGUGUUGUGGCAUUAGUUGUUAUUGUUAUAUGCCUGGAGAUUCGAGUUGUUUUCCAUUCAUUUGGGCGUUACAUUCAUGUCCCACCACCAUUGAAUUACCUGCUUGUCACCAUCACAAUGCUCGGAGGAGCUGCUGCUGCUGGUUCUUAUGCUCUUGGUAUGGUUUCUGACGCAUUCAGCUCACUGGUAUUCACUGCAUUGGCUGUCACUGUCAGUGCUGCUGGAGCGAUUGUUGUGGGAUUUCCUAUCCUG